GUUCACAUUCCAGGACACUGAGGAAACUGCUAGUCGCUACAAUUUGAAAACCCAGGAAGAAGACAUGGCAUCAAAUCAUCCCAUUCACAUUCAUCCCGCACGACCUCUGUAUCGCUUUACUGCCACAGCCUUGGGGGCUAGCAUGUGGUUCUUCCUAAUGUAUCGAGCCAAGAAAGAUGGUCCUGCCCUGUUAGGAUGGAAGCACCCUUGGGAUCAUUGAGUGCGCAUUGUCCCAGUGUGUUCAAGUUAUUUGCUAGAGCCCAACCACUCAUAUAACCGAACGGCUAUGUCUUUCGGGGAUCAAUAAACGGAAACAAAGAAGAAAGAAACGGAUAUCAAUCACCAACCAGGCUUAGAUAUCUCAACCGUGAACUCGAAGAGCUCCCGUAAGAACGCGGAAACCUUUACCAUCCUAACAGUGAACACUGCUCAGGGGGUCAAAUUCAGUUUCUCAUUUCGUCGAGUAGCAUUUUGUAACGCCGACGUUUCUUCGACUUGUCCUGUCGCAAUCUUUCAAGUAAUUUCCCCACCUGACGAGCAAAAGUAGG